AUGCUUGGUCAAUCGCUCCUCUAUUUCCUUGUCGCCUGUGAUCUGGUGUCGUCCGUGUUAGCAGCACGACACAGCAUCCCGAAACGGCCACACCUGGUACCUUCCCCGUACAAUGCCGGGAAAGCCCUGCCAUAUUCUCCUCCGAGACACAAGGGCCGAUACUGCUAUGUGAAGCCCACACGUGGGAGCAACAAGGAUGAUGCCGCUCCCAUUCUUAAGGCGUUCAAAAAGUGCAACCACGGAGGAACAGUGGUGAUGGACGAUAGCUACCUUAUUGCCUCGCCUUUGGACCUCACCUUCCUGAAGCACAUUGACGUCGUCAUCACCGGAGAAAUUGACUUCAAGGAUGAUGUGUAUUACUGGGCCGACAACAGCUUCAAGUUCCCGUUUCAGAACCAGUCCGUCUUCUGGAAAUUUGGCGGGAAGGAUAUCAACAUCUAUGGCGACCUGAGCAACGACAAGUCUGUCAUUGAUGGUCGGGGUGAAGUUUACUGGAAGGAGCUGUUGACCAACAAGACUCUACUUCGGCCCAUGCUCUUCGCCUUCGACGGAGUGGAGGGAGCCACCAUGUCAAAUCUGCGAAUGCGAAAUCCUCCAAACUGGUUCAACCUCAUCGCCAACAGCACCGAUGUCCUGGUUACUGACAUGCACCUAAAAGCCUCCAGUGCGAAUGGAACCAAGGUAGCAAACUCGGAUGGCUGGGACACCUACCGUGCCGACCGAGUUGUUAUUCAGAACUCGAGGAUUGACAACACAGACGACUGUGUUUCAUUCAAGCCCAACAGCACCAACGUUGUCAUCCAGAACCUGGUCUGCAAUGGAUCUCAUGGAAUCAGUGUCGGGUCCCUAGGCCAAUACAAGGGCGUCACCGAUAUCGUGGAAAACCUCUACGUCUACAACAUUUCCAUGUCCAACGCCAGCGAUGGUACCAGAAUCAAGGUCUGGCCUGGAAUUGAGACCGAUUUCCAAGCUACACUCAACGGUGGCGGUGGACUCGGGUGGGUGCGAAACGUCACGUACGAUAUGUUCUAUCACGAGAACAACGACAAUGCGAUCACAAUCACGCAAUGCUAUGGACAGAAGAAUCAGACUCUCUGCAACGAAUUCCCAGCAAACUUGACAAUCGAGGAUGUGGUGAUGAAGAACAUGUGGGGAACUACGUCUAAAAAAUACGACCCCCGAGCGGGCACUCUCAUUUGCAGUGCAGCAGACCGAUGCAGCAACAUUCAGGCCGAGAACAUUACCGUCACGGUUCCCAGUGGAGAGCCAGCGGAGUAUGAGUGUGUUAAUCUGGAUAAUUCGUUGCUCGACAUCCCUUGCACAGAUCCCGAAUCAAGUGAUCGAGACACAUCUCAGGGCUAG